CUGCAAGUGUGCGCAUGUACAUUCACAAAGGCUGUGUGAAAAAUAUCCACCUGACAGAGAGAUAGGAAUACUGAAGAGAAGAAGAUAAAGAGGAUGGCGAUGUUGAUGAUGCUGUGCUUAAGCAUUGGCUGGUCCACGGCGUUCACAGAGGGCACGUAUACUGGAUCCCAUCACUGCUUGUUUAAUGGAACGACUCGUUAUUACAUAUGCCUGGGCAGCAAGAUCCAUGAGAUGCCAGCGAAUAUAUCGAAAAAUACAACAUUUGUCAGGGAGAUCAAGCUUACUCAGAUCAGCGUGUUUCGACGAGACGCCCUCUCUGAACUACACGAGCUGAAGAGAAUAGUGGUGUCAGAAAAUGGUGCCCUUGAACGAAUUCAAGACUUUGCCUUUUCUUACCUCACAGAGCUACAAGAAAUAACUAUUACAAAAUCGAAAAAUCUCGUCAUUCACAAAGAUGCUUUUUGGAGACUUCCGAAGCUACGUUAUCUGACUAUAUCAAACACUGGGCUUAAAACCCUACCUGAUUUCUCCAAAAUCAACUCUGCUGCUCCUGAAUUUCUGUUUGAUCUACAAGAUAACAUGCACAUUGAGAGGAUUCCCAGUAAUGCCUUCCUAGGACUAACCAACGCUACCAUAACUGAACUGAGAUUAACAAAGAAUGGGAUACGCGAAAUUGACCGCUAUGCAUUCAAUGGUACCAGAAUUGAAAAACUCUUUCUCAUGGGAAACCAGCAGCUGAGUCGUAUCCACAGUUACGCUUUUAUAGGAGCUGAAGGCCCCAUCGUUCUGGACAUCUCUCGUACUUCCGUCCACACCCUGCCAGAGAGCAUGCUGAGGUCCCUAAAGCUCCUGACAGCCGUCUCUGUCUACUCUCUGAGGAAGCUUCCCAGUCUGGAGCUGUUUUCUGAGCUCACACAGGCCAAUCUGACCUACCCCAGCCACUGCUGUGCCUUCAAAAACUUCAAAAAGCACAAGUCUGUAAAGAAUCAGAUGUGCGACGAUCCAGGUGCUCUCCGACUGGAGCCGUAUUUUUACGAAGACUACUGUAAAGAUGUCGUAGAGGUGACCUGCUACCCCAAACCGGAUGCCUUCAACCCCUGCGAGGACAUCAUGGGAUUUACCUUCCUACGUGUUCUGAUCUGGUUGAUCAGCGUGCUGGCCAUCUUGGGCAAUUGCGCCGUUCUUGUGGUGCUCCUCACCAGCCGCUACAAACUGACCGUUCCCAGGUUUCUAAUGUGCCACCUGGCUUUCGCAGACCUCUGCAUGGGCGCAUACCUGUUGCUCAUCGCUGCCGUGGACAUUCACACGCAGUCUCGCUAUUACAACUAUGGUAUUGACUGGCAGAUGGGAGCAGGGUGCCACGUGGCGGGAUUUCUCACGGUGUUCUCCAGCGAGCUGUCCGUCUACACGCUGACCGCCAUCACUUUGGAGCGCUGGCACACCAUCACUUAUGCCAUGCAGCUGGAGCGCCAACUGCAUCUGCGUCACGCAUGCGCAAUAAUGGCGGCAGGCUGGAUUUUCGCCCUGCUGACCGCUCUGAUGCCCAUGUUGGGAGUAAGCAGCUACAGGAAGACCAGCAUCUGCCUGCCUAUGGACGUGGAGACGGGUCUUUCCCAGGGUUUCGUGGUCCUGUUGCUCAUUCUCAACGUGGCCGCUUUUCUGAUAGUGUGCGUAUGUUAUCUGCGAAUCUACCUGACGGUACGCAAUCCAGCUUUUGUUCCGGCCAACGCCGACAUGCGUAUAGCCAAGCGGAUGGCCGUGCUCAUCUUCACAGAUUUCCUGUGCAUGGCACCCAUCUCCUUUUUCGCCAUCUCUGCAGCCUUGAAACUACCACUAAUAACCGUCUCUCACGCCAAAGUCUUGCUGGUGCUAUUUUACCCCAUCAAUUCCUGCUCUAAUCCGUUUCUGUACGCAUUCUUCACAAAAACCUUCAAGAGGGAUUUCUUCAUUCUUACCAGCAGGUUCGGAUGCUUUAAAACCCGCGCCCACAUCUACCGCACAGAGAUCUCUUCGGGUCAAAACGGAGCUGCUGUGCCUUCGCCGAAAACUAGUGAUGGUACGCUGUAUUCUCUGGUGCAGAUCGCCCAAGUGCAUUAAUAUUGGAUCUUUCCACCAUAAGUCAACUGAAAAUAUACGCUGAUAUGCGAAAAUGAGGAAAAAUAAGAAAUAUAGUAAAUCAUGCUUUGGACAAAGUUUGGUUGAUAUGAGAUUCUGAAAGGAUUGUCCUAAAGGUGAAUUGGGGUACAUGCAUCUUGGCCUGAUGUAAAUAAUAUUGUGAAAUUAUCCUGCUUGACUUUUAACAGAUUCAGAUCUUAAAGUAAUUACACCAUUCACAAGAUGCUGCUUGAUUGACUUUUAACAGGGUCUAUAUGUAUUACUGUAAAAAAUACUUUAUUUUACUACAAAUUCUGUACAUCAUCUAAUUUUUCAACAUGUAGUAUUUAGAUUUUUUAUGAUUUUAUACACACUGCAUAGUGGUAAAUUGUACAAUAUUUGCUUUUAAUACAUGAAGCGUAUGGUACAAAAUGGACAAAACACUAAACCUUAAGGUAUUUCUUGGACAAAAUAAUAUGCCAAAAAAACAACCACAGCAUAUUUGGAAAUCUGGGUUUAGUCACAAUAAAACGGUGAUAGUAGUCUUAUUUCCACCAUGGUGAUGUAGGCCUAUAUCCGAGUGAAUCGGCUUAUAAAAUGAAAAAAGGUAGGGCUGGAUCUUUUCCCAGGCCACGCCCACCUGCCAUACCAUAGAACUGGAAGUAAACCCUACUGAAAAACCCAGCUAAGACCAACAUAAGCUGGUUUUAGCUGAUCUCCCAGCUUGGUUUUAGUGGUAUUGCAAGAUGGUCUGUGUUUUUGGUCACUUUUUAAGCUGCUCUAGCUGGACUUAGCUGGUCAGGCUGGAAGGCCAGCUGACCCACCAGCAUGACCAGCUAUGCCAUACUGGGAGGACCAGCUUAAACCAGCUAAUGCCACCUUAAACCAGCAAAAACCAGCUACCAGCUUAUGCUGGUCUCAGCUGGAUUUUUCAGCAGGGAGCAGAGAUCGUGUCAAGGAGAUGUGCGGUUUUGAUUAAAGGGACAUUCCACUUUUUUGGAAAAUAUGCUCAUUUUCCAGCUCCCCUAGAGUUAAACAUUUGAAUCUUAUCGUUUUGGAAUCCAUUCAGCUGAUUUCCGGGUCUGGCGCUAGCACUUUUAGCAUAGCUUAGCAUAAUCCAUUGAAUCUGAUUAGACCAUUAGCAUCUGACAGAAAGCUGCAGCAGGCAUAGUGAUAUUACGCAGUGCCUGAAAAUAGUCCCCUGCUAUUGAAAGUAACCAAGGGGACUAUUUUCGGGCAGUGUGUAAUAUCACUAUGCCUGCUGCAGCCAGGUUACAUCAGCAAAGUCAUUGAUUAUUAUGCCAGUUUGAGAGUAUAUUACUUAGCAUAUCUGCCUAGAAAUUCGUAACUUUUAAUUUUUUGUCGGUCUUAGUACACGAUGGAACUACAGAAGAGUCAAGUUUUAAAUACGAAAAUUAUUGAAACACUUUGGGGGUUUUUUAGCGCGAUGCUAAUGGUCUAAUCAGAUUCAAUGGCUUGUGCUAAGCUAUGCUAAAAGUG